UCUGUCAUCGUUGUCGAUAGGACCAUUAUUUGGGUGUUCAGUAAAAGGAGAGAACUCUGUCCUCUAUUCGCACGUCUGAGCAGGUUCCAGAAAACCAGGCCUUUUCUUCCGGCGAUCCUCCAUAGCCGCCACGCGGAUGAGCAACUGAUUCCGGCGAACUUCCAUGCCAUACCUGUCGCAAAAACCCCGCUCGUCACCUCCAUUGUUGUGCAUGUGCGCAAGCUCGGCGAGUUCCAGGCCCCAUUCGCUACCCUCGUCCAUACCUACAGCCCGUCGACACUCCCCGAUCUCCUAAUAUCUUUGACUUGCUAUCCAAUUCCUUGCCUUGCACUCCAAACCAUUCUAGAAUACUCCAAGUCUUGCGCCCCAACUUCAUUCGGCCGCCUCACUUCUCGCGCGCUAUGCGCGCGCCGCCCGCGCCCUGCGCCUACGCCUGCCGCGCAUAGGCAUGCCGCCCGUCCGUGUGCCACGUCUCGCGCGUCGCUGCCAUGCUCGCCUAGUCCUUUGGUGACUAGGUCUCUCGUGCCUGCUGCGCCACUCCUAUUCCUUGUAGGAUUAUGCUUUGAGCCCAUAUCCGCUAUUCUUAUUCCUACUAGGAAUAUGAUCCCGGUUUCGUUUCCUGAUCUUCCGAGGAUUACUCCCGUCACCGAUCUCCCACGCGCAUUCCGGCACUUAACUGCUAUUCCUAUUCCUGCGAGGAUUAGUAUUCGCGCCUUGCCUAUUCCUACGAGGAUUAGGCAUGCCGCCUUAUUCUUGAGUUGUGCCUCGCGCGCGUUGCCGUGCGCCCCGUACUCGUCGUCCAGCACUCCUAUGCCUACGCGGUAUAGGCCAUCGCCCGCGUCGCACUUGUGCGCCCAUGCGCAUGCCAACGCAUUCGCCCAACUACCGCCGAACUCCUCAUGCGCGUGCGUGCAGUCGACCAUUACUCCUACUCCUCCGAGGCAUAGGCCUCGUCCGCUUCCCUUGCACGCGUCACUCCUCGCGUAUCCCUGCAGGAUGCCGACUUCUUCGCGGAUUAGGACGCCCGCGCUUCCCGUGCACUCGCGCGCUAUCUCGCGCUCGUCGCCAAUUCCGACCAUCCCGCGUGCGUCCCAGCCACCUGCGCCAGUCCCGUGCACGCCAGCAGCUCCCAUCUCGCCCGUGUGCCGAUUGUCGAUCCCCGUGGGCUGCUCGUCUGGCGCUCGCGUAUCAUCUUGUUCCGUCCAUCCUCGCGCAUCACAGGCCGAUGCGCGCCACUCGCUCAUUAUCCGGUCACCGUCGACCUUCUUGUCACAGGGGUACGGAACCCACUUCCGUAUCAUUCCCCUCCUCUUCGAGACUUUCCUUGUCCUCAAGGAUCUAUCCACGACCAUCCACCCAUCGGGCACUCUUUCUUCGAUCAUGCGCACAUCCCACUCACGAUCCUCGUCGACUUCGAUCGCCUCUUCAUCCUCGGUUACCUCCAAUUCUUUGACCUCGACUUCGAUGUGUUGUGCGCGCCGUUCCCGUGCGCAUGUUUUGCACCUAACACCCGAUCCCACCAUCGCGUACUCGGCGUCCAUGUCCUUUGGCUCUUCGCACCGUUCUUCGACCAACACCGAGUGGCGCGCAUCGGCCUGUGAUGCGCGAGGAUGGACGGAACAAGAUGAUACGCGAGCGCCAGGCGAGCAGCCCACGGGGAUCGACAAUCGGCACACGGGCGAGACGGGAGCUGCUGGCGUGCACGGGACUGGCACAGGUGACUGGGACGCGCGCGGGAUGGUCGGAAGUGGCGACGAGCGCGAGAUAGCGCGCGAGUGCACGGGAAGCGCGGGCGUCCUAAUCCGCGAAGGAGUCGGCGUCCUGCAGGGAUGCGCGAGGAGUGACGCGUGCAAGGGAAGCAGACGAGGCCUAUGCCUCGGAGGAGUAGGAGUAAUGGUCGACUGCACGCACGCGCAUGAGGAGUUCGGCGGCAGUUGGGCGAACGCGUUGGCGUGCGCAUGGGCGCACGAGUGCGACGCGGGCGAUGGCCUUGAUACGGAAGUGGCAUUGGCGUCCGGCGAGUCUAGUGAGGAGCGAAAGGGCAAAAGGUGCGCAUCGGCACUUGAUGCGCACGAGUGGGCGAACAGGCCGCGCACGCGGGUUUGGCGGGGAAAACGCGGGCGUAAGCUGGGCAGGUGCACGGGUGCACGCGGAGACGCCGUAGGCGAUAUGGGCGCGGGCGACGGAUGGGACGCGCGGGGCAGGAGCAGGGCGCGUGCAAAGGCGCGCGAGUUGGGCGGAAGCGCGGACGUCUUAGUCCGCAGGGGCAUAGGACAGGCGUGCACGGACGCGCGCGAGAAGGACGGCAAGAGCUGGGCAUGCGCGGUGGCACGCGAGUGGGAUGACGCGGAUGGUGCCCUAGGC